AUGACCACUUUGAUCAAACCUAUUGCUAAUCAUUUCAUUGACUUUGCAGACGACCUGAAUACCAGUGACUCUGAUUAUUACUUCGAAGACUCAAAUAAAAUGGAAGAAGAAAAGACCGACUUCGAAUGGGACAUUCAUCAAGUCAUCAUCCCCCCAAGACAAACCGACCCAGUCUCACUCGUUCUGAGUGCUCCCGUGUUUGACGACAGAAGUGAAAUAUUUGACGAGCCAUAUGACAAACAAGUCUCGUCUAGCGCAUCAAACUUUGUAAAUGAAAAUGAAUUCUUCGCCUUUGGAGAGGACUUCGAGUAA